UUUGGUCCACUCUCUCUUUGCCGUGGCUUUUAGCCCUCUCACCACCUUCCACCAUUACGUCCCAAAGCAAAACGGACUUUUUAGCGCUUGCUUCUCGGACUCUCCAGAGGAAGAGAAUCGUCGCCGCUGUGGUUGGCAUCGUCAUGGUUUUGGCUCUUAUCAUCGCGAUCCCCCUGCUGGUCCAAACUUCUAAGACCGAUGCGCACUACGAGAUGAUGGGCACCUGUCGGAUGAUCUGUGACCCGUACAACCCCAAACCGAGCGCCACGGCUCUGGAGGUCAUGCAGGACCUGAGCGCCAUCCCUUCUCCGACCUUCGUUCAAGGGAAUAAAGGCGAGCCGGGUCGGCCGGGGAAACCUGGGCCGAGGGGCCCGCCUGGCGAACCGGGACCACCUGGUCCGAGAGGGCCGCCGGGGGAUAGAGGUGAUAUGGGAAAGACGGGUUAUCCCGGGAUAGUUGGUACAGCGCGGACCGAGACCGGCGGAGAGCUCGGCUCUGCUAUCGGUGGCGCAAAGAUAGCGUUUUAUGUGGGUCUGAAAAACCCUCACGAGGGAUACGAAGUGUUACGGUUCGACGACGUUGUCACGAACCUGGGGAACCACUACGACCCGACAACCGGCAAGUUCACCUGCCAAGUGUCUGGGAUUUACUACUUCACCUAUCAUGUGCUGAUGCGCGGAGGAGACGGGACAAGCAUGUGGGCAGACUUGUGCAAAAACGGACAGGUGCGAGCCAGCGCCAUAGCGCAGGACGCCGACCAGAAUUACGACUACGCCAGCAACAGCGUCGUCUUGCAUCUGGACUCCGGGGAUGAGAUUUAUGUCAAACUGGAUGGCGGCAAGGCGCACGGCGGAAACAACAACAAAUACAGCACGUUUUCCGGUUUCCUUUUGUACCCGGACUAAAAUCGGAUAAGCGCACCGCUUCAUCCCAGAACUGCCAUGAGAGAGAAAUAAACUUCCGUUUCAUUUAAUCAGAGGAAGGUGGCACCCUGCUGCGAAGCACUUAGCGCCAUCAUCAGUCUUAAGAUCUAACUUGUCUUAAAGAAUAUUGAUUACUGUUUUUCCCCCCACAGUGUAUUUAGCUUCAUGCUUUGAAAGAUUAAAAAAAAAAACAGAUUUCUCCAGUGCAGCGCGCUGAUGGAGCCUUCUCCAACGGUUUGUCCUGCUUUGGAAAUACGUGAAAUAAUAAUAAUAAACACAUUCAACUAAUUAUUCAGAAGCAUAACCUCAGAGUUACUGCACCCCCCAGUUGUUUUGAAUCUGUGCCACAGAUGAACUACCCUCACAGGAUGGAUUCACAGUGUAGUGCAGGUGUAGUUGCGUUUUCUCUUUGUGCAUUUUGUGGAGUUGAGGUUGUUCAUCAUUGCCCUGUACAGGGGCGCACUGAAACCGAACUUCAUCACCACUCCUGUACGACUGUAGGCUACAGACAGAGGACACUACUG